AGAAAAGACGACCGGCUAAAAGUGGGCAAUUAAAUAAAAUAUUUAAAAUAUUGCUAGUUGAAAGCAUAUUUAUCGAACUUCCGCAAAUAAUUGCAAUAAGCGAAAAUACACUUAAGGAUUCAAUUUGUCUGAGGCAAAAAUGGAGAAGCGAUAUUUGGAAAACCCAUUUCCUGACUUCGUCAGUGUGGAAAGUACCCCCUUGGUGUUGGAUGAAGAGCACGUUAAGAAUCUUAUUUGCACUUAUGUUGACGCAAUUAUGGAAACUUGCCAACCAGGUAAUGCGGAUGAAGACCAUCGCGGUGAUUUAUACGUUGGAAAUGCCGGGAUCGCCUUUAUGUUCUGGAAGAUGUCAAGAUCUGAGAAGGCACGAGAGCUGUAUCCAGCACUUGAACAUGCUGAGACUUUUAUACGUAAUGCGAAAUGUAAUGCAGAUCGAUACAAAAAACGUUCAGCAGAAAGGUAUUCAUUCUUGUGCGGCAAUGCGGGAAUUUUCGCUGUGUCCGCUGCUAUAUCGCAUGAUUUGAAACAUAUGGAAGAGUUGUCUAAUGAUUUAACAAACUUUAAAGCAGGUAUACCUUCCAGCAAAGAAUUUAUGCAUACCAAAUACGGCUGCGAUGAAGUUUUAGUGGGCCGAGCUGGCUUCCUUUCUGGGUGUUACUGGCUUAAUGAUGUCCUUUGUGAGAAAAAAAUUACAGACGAUGAUAUAAUAUCCAUUUGCCAAAUGAUUAUUAACAGCGGCAGAGAGUACGCCAAAAAGACCAAAGCCCCAUUACCGCUAAUGUAUCAAUACCAUGGCACGGAGUAUCUGGGAGCAGCACAUGGCCUAUGCGCUAUUCUGCACAUGUUGUUAGAUAGUCCGUGGUUUCGCACAGAUCCCAUAUCUGCUCCUAGCGCAGAAUUACGUGACAUAAAACGGUCGAUCGAUUUUUUUCUAACACUGCAAGACUCUGAAGGUAAUUUCCCUGUGGCACUGGAAGAUCUAAAAAGUGGUCGGGAGAAACGUUUAGUGCAUUGGUGUCAUGGAGCGUCAGGUGCUGUAUAUUUGCUUGCUAAAGCGUAUCUUAUUUUUAAGGAGGAUAAAUAUCUACAAGCAUUGCGCCGUUCUGGUGACUUGGUGUGGAAAAAGGGUUUCUUACGCAAGGGUCCAGGUAUUUGUCAUGGUGUCUCUGGAAAUGGUUACGUCUUUUUACUGUUAUAUCGCUUAACUAAUGAACCUAAAUACUAUUAUCGAGCUAUCAAAUAUAUGGAAUUGUUGACUGACUCAGAAUUCAAGCAUCGCGCACGUACACCUGACCGGCCACAUAGCUUAUAUGAAGGUGUAGCUGGGACAGUGUGCUUCUUAAUAGAUUUGCUUGAGCCGGAGGAAGCCAGUUUUCCAUUUAUGGACGUUUUUCACUAAGCGUUUCACUGUUGAAAAUUUUGAUGGAAAUGAAUUUGUAAUAGUAUCUCAGAUACUAUAUUGACCAAACACGCGCAACAGCGGUGUUUAUUUGUAAAACAUAUCAGGGAAUACUCAAGUGUCAGAUAUAUUUUAUCCACAAAAUUAUAACUUGUAUUACCCUAAAGAGUUUUUGAGUUCGUUCAAACAAGUCUAUUCUAUGAACAUCAAAAUUGAGUACAAUAUCUUUUGCAAGUGGGUAUUUGACCAUUAAAAGCAUACAAUUGUAGGAUAAUCCACAAUUUUUUCGAAAUGGAAUUACCUUAUACUCUAUAAAUAAAAUAUCAUAUGCAUAUAUACUUAAAAAUACUUAAAUUAUUUGUAAAAAAAUAAUUGAUAACCAAUAUUUUUAUUAUAUUUACUGUCACGGUUAAAUUUAAAAAUAAAAGCAGUUAAUAUUUAUGAAUAA